AGCGAUAAUGGAAGAAUGCGCAUAGGCAAGCUACGUAAUACCGCCAGAAUAACCUCCCGACCCCACAGAUCUGCCUUGAUAAGGACUAACAGUUCAGUCACUCAGUCCAAAGAACCAUUCCGAACAACAAUGAAGUUCAUACUCUGUCUUGCAGCCCUUGUGUGUAUGGUAUCAGCUGACCGAUUCGUGCUGGAUCUCUCACAGGAUUCCUCCAUCAUGAAGUCGGGAGAUACCUGCUAUUUCUGGAGACUUAAUAGCCACGAAAUUGAGUCUGUCCAGAGUCCUACUGGAAUUUACGAACUCGAGACAAAGCUCCGCCAUCUUGUUAGCGUACACACCAAGUUCGGCGACGUUGCUGACCUCAGUAUCUACUCCCAGGAAGUACAGACCUUGUGCGCAGGCGCCACCCUCAAAUCUUACAGCCACCACUAAUCACGGAAUUUACAAACCAUUAAUAAAAAUUGUAUUUCAAUUAAAGAAAAAAAAACCAAAA